AUGGAUCUCUUCCGGCGACUUCCGGUCGAGCUCAUGUUUCAGAUCCUUGAGAAUACGGACGACUAUGUGGGCGUGGAAAGCUUGAUAUCGGUGUCCAGACCAGCCAGGGCAGCGUUCUAUAUGGACUCUUAUGCAAUAGUUGAUGCUAUCGCCACAUCCAAUCCUAUAGCUAUGCAACCCGAUGUGAAAAGGUUGGUGCAUAACAUCGUUAUCCUCCAUACCCCUGCUGUGACCGAGGAAGAUGAAGCUUCACAACGAUUUAAUUGGCAACAGAUCGGUUCUCGCGUCCUUCAUAUUGCUGCCCAAAUUCAGCGGCUAGCCUGCGCCUGCCUUUCAAAGCUCCGACGAGAAUUCGCAUCUGCCGUGGGACUUGAGCCUCUUCAUGCGCAACGAGCAAACGAGCCCUUUUCGUGGAUCGAAGAAUAUCGCAUGUAUUGGGCACUGUGGCAUCUUCGAUCUUUUUCGGAUUAUACCAAAUAUGUUGAAAAACAUCGCUCAUCCUUGUACGGCGGUGGAGACCCUCCGCCUAAAUUAAUUCAGGAUGUCGACAUAGAUCCCACUUCACAUGGUGUCCAUGUCUUCUUAAAAGAGAUCAUUUGGACGGCUGCUGUUGCACUCGAGGAUCUUCAAACUUGCCCAAUGACAAGAUCUUCUGGAGGAGUGCUCAAACCGGAGCAUAGAAACACCCUCUCGUGGGAUAUGGACACUGAUGUCCCAUUUUUCCGUUCGUUCGAACUUCCAAGAAGUGUUGAAACUCAAUAUUCAACCUGGAGUCCACCACCAAUACCCACUGCAAGCGUAAUGGCAAGUCAUUGGCGGUUACGUCCAAAACAUUGCAAAGAUCCUUCGCCACAGACAAACCUGUUUCGAUCACUUCGCUUCCGGGUUUCGCGAAGAGGACCCAAUAGGCGCGGAAUGGAUGAUAUUCUGCGCUAUCGACGAUGUGGCGUUCUUCUAUGGAGUAAGUGGCGGAUGUUUUCCACUGGCUUGCACCCAAACAAUUUUCGGGAGAGAGUACCAACUCCAGAUGGGGGUUUUAUCGACCAGGAUCCCGCGGACCCUCUGGGCUCAAGCUGUGUAGACAAAUGGUUGGAAGUAGGGGACGCGAAACAGUGGCUUGCUUGA